AUGGCAGAGGACUUGUCUAAAGGCAAUCGAAAGGAUCCCCAAGGGAAAUAUAAUCAUUUGCAGAAUCCUAAUGACACUACAAGAGUCACAUGCAAUUUUUGUGGAAAAACAACCAAGGGUGGAAUUAAUAGUGCAAAACAACAUUUGAUUGGGAACUUUAGGAAUGCAGCAAAGUGUUUAAAUUGCCCACAGGAGGUUAGAGAUGAAUUGAGAAAUUACAUGGAGGACAAAAAAUUAAGAAAGGAAGUCUAUACUAAUGAAUUUUCUGGACUUGAUGAGUUUGAUUAUCAAGACGAUGUUGGUGGAGAAGAUGAAGUCCAAGAGAUCAUUCAUAAGAAAAGAGGUGGAGGAAGCUUUCCUAGUAGCUCUAGUAAGAAAUUGGCCAAAGGAAAGGGACCCAUGGAUGUGUUUCUAUGA